CCCCCGUUCCAGGUGUUCCAGCGCCGCUUCAACGGCUCCGUGAGUUUCUUCCGGGGGUGGAACGAUUAUCGCUCCGGCUUCGGCCGCGCCGACGGCGAGUACUGGCUGGGGCUGCAGACGCUGCACCUGCUGACGCUGCAGAACCGCUACGAGCUGCGCGUGGAGCUCGAGGACUUCGAGAACAACUCGGCCGUGGCCACCUACGGCACCUUCGCCCUGUCGCCCUCGGCCGUCAGCGCAGAGGAGGACGGUUACACCCUCCACGUCGGAGGCUUCGUCGACGGCGGCGCCGGCGACUCGCUGAGCUACCACAACGGGCAGAAGUUCUCGACGUUCGACCGCGACCAGGACCUGUUCUCCCAGAACUGCGCCGCGCUGUCGUCGGGCGCGUGGUGGUUCCGCUCCUGCCACUUCUCCAACCUCAACGGCUUCUACCUGGCCGGGCCCCACCUCUCCUACGCCAACGGCAUCAACUGGGCCCAGUGGAAGGGCUUCUACUACUCCCUCAAGAGGAGCGAGAUGAAGAUCCGACGCCUCUGAGGGGGACACGCCCACCCGCCGGACCCCCGGCCACGCCCCCCCAGCCCCAAGCCCCGCCCACUUAUCUCAUC